GAGGGACUCGGGCGGGCUGAGGGACAGGCGGGAACGAGCUGAGGGCACCGGGAGAGCCCUGAGGGGCACGGGGGAACGAGCUGAGGGAACUGGAACUUGAGGUGAGGGACAGGGAGGGAGCGAGCUAAGGGAACCGCAAAGACCGGUCUGGGGCGGACUGAGGGAACCGGGAGAGCUCUGAGGGACAGGGGGGAACGAGCUGAGGGAACCGGGGCGGCUCUGAGGGGUCGGUGCCAGGUGAGGGCUGAGGGGAAGCCCGGCCAGUGCAGGUGCUGAGCCCCAGGAGUGCCCCAGCUCGUGUGGGUGGGCGAGCAGAGAGGACCGAUACCCUUCCAGUGAAGGAAAACGGAGAGAUUUUGGGGGGACAGUGGAGAAAAUGCUGGAAAAGUAGUUGGGGUGUCUAUGGGAGGCAAAUGAGAAGAAGCAGUUAAGCUCUGUUAGGCUGCAGUGGCAGGAGGAUGGGGUGGUUGUGGUGAAGAUACAUGUGGGUUUUUUCUGUUUGUUUUUAGGUUUCUCACUCCAAGGACAGUGAUGUGGAACUAUUGGAGGCACUGGAGGGUUGAAAAGGAUGGAGGGAAGAACAAGAACAAAGCAAGGAUGCCUUGCUGUGCCUAAGCUCUAGACCUGCAUAAGUGCAUAUGUGUUACCCUCCAUGGUUUUCCUGGCAUCUUCUAGGAGAGAUCCCAGGUCCAAUCCUCAGUCCUGAUUUUGUGGGAUCAUCUGCAGCACUCAGGGAGUUGAGCGACAAGAAAAGGAUUUUGUGUUCGUGCGUUGCUGGGCUUUGGAAUUUUCUCCCUGGAUUUCAGUUCGUUUUUCGAGUUUGCAAUACCAGGCUGAGCUCGUGCAAGCUGAGCUGCACCUUCAUUGUUCACUGGCCUUCCUGGGAGCAGGGUGUGGAUUGAGGGCUCUUUUCCCUCCACUCCUUUCAUCCACAGGGUCUAACAGAAGGAAGAGUCAGGUGUCAAUAACUGUCCUCUUCUCCUGUUGAUUUGAUCCAAUGGACUGACAUGCAGGGGAGACUCAGAUGAAAGUUGCACCUGGGGAGUGUUUGUGCUCAUAGCUGAGGAACCUUCCUAAAGCUGCCUUCCUCAUUAUCCACCAAAGUCCUCCUGCUGUUCCAGAUGCUAAUUCCAGAGGGUGGAAUUAAUGCUUUCGUAUGGCAAAGGCCAACUGUAACUGUUGCUUCACACUGAAAACACAGAGGGAGAAGGUAUUUCACUAAACCAUCACCAGUGGACAUCACAACAGGAAGAAAAUGACAACCACGGGGUGCGAUUCCUUCCCCGGCUGAUGCCGCUCUGAGCAUCCAGAGCCAGCCGAAGGCAGCAGCGGUGCAGUCGCUGUGGCAGUGCAAGGGCAGAAGCUCUGGACGGUAGAGGAUGCUAGAGAAGAGGGCCAAGCAGCAUCCAGGAGCUUUCCCCUGCUAUCCUGGGAACGUGCUGGGUGUCUCCAUGGACUGGGAGGAGUAAAAACAGGAUCCACUGGGAAUUUUUAGCACUUUGAGUUGCUGAUAACUGAUGGAAGGCAACGAGCGGGCAGUAAAUUCCCUGUUCCCAGUCAGUUUGCCUUUCCUCCUGUAAUUAAUUCAGCCCCAACCCAGGCUACUGAGGCUCUCAAGGAGUUAAGAUACAACAAUGGUGGCACUUACACUGUUCCAGUGGAUUCUAAAAGGGCUUAUCUUGACUUUUCUGCUGAAAACUGCUCUGUCCCUAAAUCCAGAUGAUCCAAAUGUUUGUAGUCAUUGGGAAAGCUAUGCUGUGACAGUGCAGGAGUCUUAUGCUCACCCCUUUGAUCAGAUCUAUUACACACGAUGCACAGACAUCCUCAACUGGUUCAAGUGCACCAGACACAGGAUCAGUUAUAAAACCGCCUAUCGGAGGGGGCUGCGGACGAUGUACCGGCGGAGAUCCCAGUGCUGCCCCGGCUACUACGAGAGUGGAGACUACUGCAUCCCUCUGUGCACGGAGGAGUGUGUGCAUGGAAGGUGUGUCUCUCCUGACACGUGUCACUGUGAACCAGGAUGGGGAGGCACUGAUUGCUCCAGUGGCUGUGACAGCGAGCACUGGGGGCCCCACUGCAGCAACCGCUGCCAGUGCCAGAACGACGCGCUCUGCAACCCCAUCACGGGCGCCUGUGUCUGCGCCGACGGGUUCCGUGGCUGGCGCUGCGAGGAGCUCUGCGAGCCCGGCACCUACGGCAAGGCCUGCCAGCUCCAGUGCCAGUGCCACCACGGGGCCACCUGCGACCACCAGACCGGAGAGUGCCACUGCGCGCCCGGAUACACUGGAGUCUUCUGUGAGGAGCUGUGUCCCCCCGGCAGCCACGGAGCCCAGUGCGAGCUGCGCUGCCCCUGCCAGAACGGGGGCGUCUGUCACCACAUCACCGGGGAGUGCUCCUGUCCCGCGGGAUGGACGGGGCUGGUGUGUGCACAGCCAUGUCCUCCUGGAACCUUUGGAAUCAACUGCAGCCAGGACUGUCCGUGCCACAACGGAGGACACUGUGACCCCGUGACAGGAAAAUGCAUCUGCACAGCUGGCUAUAUAGGAGACAGGUGCCAGGAGGAGUGUCCCAUCGGGACCUACGGCUUCCAGUGCUCACAAACCUGCGACUGCCAGAACGGGGCCAAGUGCUACCACGUCAAUGGAGCCUGCAUCUGUGACCCUGGCUUUAAAGGGAUUUACUGCCAAGAAAGGAUGUGUCCAGAAGGGUUUUAUGGCCUCAAAUGCAACAAGAGAUGUCCUUGCAAUAUUACCAACACCCUCAGCUGCCACCCCCUGUCUGGAGAGUGCAGCUGCAAGGCUGGCUGGGCUGGGCUCUACUGCAACGAGACGUGUCCCCCGGGGUCGUACGGCGAGGGCUGUGCCCUGCCCUGCCCCUGCCACAACGGGGCCGACUGUGACAGCAUCACCGGGGCCUGCUCCUGUGCCCCCGGCUACAUGGGAGAGGACUGCACCAUCACCUGCAUGGCAGGAACCUACGGAACCAAUUGCUCCUCAGUCUGUAACUGCAAGAACGACGGUGCCUGUUCCCCUGUGGAUGGGCUGUGCUACUGCAAAGAAGGUUGGCAAGGAGUGGAUUGCUCUAUUCCAUGUUCAAGUGGAAGUUGGGGUCUGAACUGUAACCAGACGUGUUCCUGCACCAAUGGAGCUGCCUGCAGGCCAGCAGAUGGCUUCUGCCUCUGCUCCCCGGGAUGGCAGGGGGAGUUCUGUGAGCAGCCCUGCCCUGAUGGGACAUAUGGUCUUAAUUGCAGUGAGCGUUGUGACUGUAACCACGCCGAUGGGUGUGACCCUGUCACUGGGUACUGCUGCUGCCUCGCAGGCUGGACAGGCAUCCACUGUGACAACAUCUGCACCCAGGGCCGCUGGGGCCCCAACUGCUCCAUCUCAUGCAGCUGUGAGAACGGGGGAUCCUGCUCCCCAGAGGAUGGCACCUGCGACUGUGCCCCGGGAUACAGGGGACCCCUGUGCCAGAGAAUUUGUCCCCCUGGUUUUUAUGGACACCACUGUGGCCAGCCCUGCCCCCAGUGUGUGCACAGCAAUGGUCCUUGUCACCACGUGUCGGGACACUGCGACUGCCUGCCUGGAUUUUUUGGCCCUCUCUGCAACCAAGUGUGUCCCAGUGGGAGAUACGGGAAGGACUGUGCCGAGGUGUGUCAGUGCACCGAGAACGGGACGUGCAAUCCCAUCGACGGGUCCUGCCAGUGCUUCCCAGGCUGGAUAGGCAUGGACUGCUCUCAGACCUGUCCCAGUGGGUUUUGGGGCCCUGACUGCUUUCAUUCCUGCAACUGCCACAACGGAGCACUGUGCAGCCCCUACGAUGGAGAGUGUCGAUGUACCCACGGCUGGACGGGGCUCUUCUGCACUCAGCGUUGCCCAGCUGCUUUUUAUGGCAAGAACUGUGCCAACGUGUGUCAGUGUCAGAACGGAGCCGACUGUGACCACAUCACCGGGCAGUGCACGUGCAGGACUGGAUUUACAGGCAAACAGUGCGAGCAGAAGUGCUCACCAGGAACGUUUGGUUAUGGUUGCAAACAACUUUGUGAGUGCAUGAAUAAUGCGACAUGUGACCAUGUCACGGGGACCUGCUACUGCAGCCCAGGCUUCAAAGGAAUCCGGUGUGAUCAAGCGGCUCUUAUGAUGGAAGAAUUAAACCCCUAUACUAAAAUUAGCCCUGCUCUUGGAUCAGAGAGGCACUCAGUGGGAGCAAUCAUUGGAAUUAUUAUUCUCCUUCUAAUUAUUAUGGUCUUGCUGGCACUGUUUGUGUGGUAUCGACGGAAACAGAAGGAAAAGGGCCAUGACAUGCCAAGUGUAUCUUACACUCCAGCCAUGAGGAUGACUAAUACAGAUUACUCACUUUCUGAUGUAUCUCAAGGUAGCGGCAGUGUACACUGCUUUUCCAAUCCCAGCUACCACACUCUCUCAUGUGGUGUGACCUCACGCUUCUUUCCCAGUAAUCUGGAUGGAAACAGCUCCAGUAAGCUCAGUAACAAAAUCCUUGACAGAGAAACUGCAGACUGGAGACCCUACAGCUAUCUGAAUGAACUAGGUGCUUGUGGGAUGGAUAGACGUCAGAACACAUACAUAAUGGAAAAAAGCUUCAAAGAUUAUAUGAAAGAGUCUGUGUGCAGCUCCAGCACUUGUUCCCUGAACAGCAGUGAAAACCCCUACGCCACCAUUAAAGACCCCCCCAUUUUAACCUGCAAACACUCCGAGAGCAGCUACGUGGAAAUGAAAUCACCUGGUCACAGGGAGUCCCCGUAUUCCGAAAUGCCAACUUCAUCCACAGCCAAUAAAAACAUCUACGAAGUUGAGCCCACUGUCAGCAUAGUCCAAGACGGCCGCAGUCGGAGUGCCAGUUACCUCCAGAAUCCAUACGACCUUCCCAGGAACAGCCACAUUCCUGGUCACUACGACCUCCUCCCCGUCCGGCACAGCCCGACACACGGACCCUCUUGGGACAAGCAGUCUUAAAGGGAUGGACUCCGCUGUGCUGCCAGCACAAACUGUGAGGAAGCAGAGGAGAAGCCAUUCCUUUUCCAGGCUGUGGGAUGCUGACGGAUGUGGACUGGCUUACGCAAGGACCUGACGUGACACAACAUCAGCUUGGGCCAACUGCUGCUGCAUGAUGUUAUUUAUAAAGACAUUUUUUUAUGGGUAACUGGAACUAACAGAACCUCCUCCACGUGUGGCUGGAGUACAUCACCCCAGGAAGGUGUCCACGUGCUCCGGGCAAAAACUCUCCGUGGCUUGUAUUCUAACCCUGGCUUUGCUGUAAAAUAAACCACAAACACAUGCUAAGUAGAAGGACUUAAAGAUGUACAUUUUUACCAACUGCAUCAAGAAACCUUUAGGAACAAGGUGACUGGAAAUGCACUGGAAUUGAUUUUCAUCUUUGUCAUGGGAAUGGACAUUUUUCUGAACGAGAGCAGGGAAACUUGUCAUUUCACUGUCAGGACACCUCAUUUACUGCCACCACCAUGUGCAGCCUGUGCAGAUCAUGCUCGGUAAUUAGCAUUGGGAUUUUCAUCUUUACACUCAGUACCAGAGGGUUUGAGUUGAGGAAUAUUAACACAGACACUUUCUGUGCCGUUUUUUUUAAAUCUUUCCAAAUGUCCCCUGAUCUUUGCUAAUGACCAUUUCCACAAUGAGCCUCCCACCCACUUUACCACACUUCUGAUUGGCACAGAUGGGCUUUAAUUUUCCUUAUACAGCUCCUCUUUUGUUGGCUAAAUCCAGCAGAUCUGUCAGGCCUGUAACCUGCUGCACCUCCCUUUCCUGCCCCGGGACACUGCAGGUCUGCACGGACCAGCCCUGGUUUCAUUUCCUUUCCCAAAGCUGAGCCACAACAGCUUCUCUCUCCCAUCUUUUCAAACCGUCUCCUCAUGGUUCACUUGUCAGCAUGCCACUGGUGACACCCUUUAAUUUGAUGGGCAUUACCAUGUAGUGCAACGUUAUCCUUUGGUGAUUCUACCUGAAAUGUCAUUAAAUGGAGCUGAAACUGGGUUUUCUUUUUCAGCAGCUGUUUGUGAACUAAUUAUCACGGGGCUGACCCACGGUAAAGUUUUGCAUUGCACCACCAUGAUUAUUUUCUUUUUAAUUUAUAAUCUUUAUUGACCUAGAAAGUAGAGUACUUGCCGUUAGUUCCUUGUAGAUUUUGAGCAUGAAGUAGUAUUGACUCUAAGUAUGUAAUUUUAUUAGGCAAACGUGGAAGUAGCAAGUUGAUGCCUCUUAAAUAUAAAGAAAUAUUCUGUUGCACA